CGCUACUCGCGCCGCGCCGCGUUCAUGCGUUCACAAAAUUGUUCUGCGCUUUUUGUCUUUGCCUUUUGCUUUUGCUAUGAACUUUUGACGACGCUGUCGCGAUAAUAAUUUUUCAGGUCUUUGAUAGUUUAUCAUUAAUUUUGUUGUUAGUUGUAAGUGUUUAUAAAAAUAGUGAGUGGUCUUUUCGGUUUUUUGUUCAAGUGCUAAAGGACAAGGAAAAGUCAUGAGUCAAAUGGUGACACGACAAGGCCCUGUCGGGGAAGACAUAGAUAAGCGGCAAACCGCAAGCCCGGUUAAAGAAAUGAAGAAAAAAAUGGCAGCUAACGCGGAAAAAGAAAAGAUCGCAUCCGAGAAGCAUGUCGAUAAACAAAAGGACAAACACGAUGAUAAAGCAGAUAAAAAAGAUAAGAAAGAAGCGGAGAAGCAUGCGGACAAAGCCGAAAAGAAGGAAAAAAUAGAUAAAAGUCAUGACAAGAAAGAUAAAAGUUUGGAUAAAUCUGUAGACAAGAAAGACAAAAGUGCCGAUAAAUCCAUUGAUAAAAAAGAGAAAUCAGAUAAGUCUGAAAAGAAAGAAAAGACAACAGAGAAGAAAGAUAAAUCUUCUGAUAAGAAAGAUAAAAAUAUAGACAAGCAAGUUGAUAAGUCAACGGAAAAGAAAGAGACCGCAGUAGAGAGAGCAGUUGAACAAAUUGAGGAAGGCACAAGUGCGGAGAAGACUGCAAAGCAGCCUAAAGACGAAGAUAAACAAAAAUCUGACACAAUGAAACACAACGGUGAAGCGAGCCGUCAGAACGGUAAAGCCAGUAACGGUACAGCUAGUGAAUCUGAUGACGGUGAAGAAGAACUGGUGAUUGUUGAGGCUGACAAUGAUGAGAUGUUCCCUGAACUGGCAUACGAUGAUACCUCUGAUACGGAACCCACCGACACUGAUUUACGCAGCGUCACGAGAAGGUCACAGGCAAAGGUGACGCGUACUCCGGAGACACCCCGCCCCGCCUCCGUCAAGCAGGCUGACAAGGAAACUGACGAUUCCAAGGAGAUGAAACUGCUCAAAUUGAAAGAAGAUAUUUUGAUCACGGACCGUCGUCUCCGCUCCGCCAACUCUCCCAAACCUUCAGACAAGAGAUCUCUAGAUAAAGACUCGCCAAAGAAGGAGAUAAAGAAGAGUGAAGAAACUAAGUCGUUGGAAGAAAGUGGCUCAGAAGAUAAACAGGAGAAUAUACACAAGUCCGAAGGAACCGUCACAGAAAUGGUAAUCGAAGUUGAAAAUAUUGAGGGGGUAGCGGGCGGUGCGGGGGGAGAGACGCGGCGCGACACGCGGUACUCGCGGUCCCGCGUCAAGGUCAGCCCGUACCGCAGGAGCGCGCGUCUGGCGGACAACACCGCCACCUCCAUACUCGCCAACUACACCGGCAACAAUACGACGAUGGAGAUGGACAUAACGGAAUCAUUCGCGGAUGCGGAGGCUGCGGCGUGCGACACGAGCGCGCCCGAGGACAGCUACCUCGCCGCGCUGCGCACCAUCCGCGCGCGCCGCUCAUACCGCGACCUCAAGCCUCUCUCACUCACACACAGCUUCAACACCAGCCAACACUCGCUCGCCACCAUCAAUGCUCGAGAGUCCAAUGCUCGUCCGACUGGUACAGUGGUGGGUCGCAAGCGGCGGCCGGAGGCGGGCGAGGGUAUGGGCGAGAGCGAAGGCGCGGCUGAGGCCGGCGGGGCUGUGGGCGCGGGCGCGGGCGAGGGCGCCAAGCGGCCGCGCCUACUGGAGCGCCUAACGCGCCCAUUCCGCACCACUUCAACGCCGCUGCCCGCGCGCCGAGCUGCUGAGAUCGUGGGUAUCAACACGGACCUGCCGCAGAGCGCGCCCGUUGCCGCAGACGAUGCCUUCGACCCGGAGACCAUCAAGCCCACGCCCACGGCCACGCUGGCCCACGCCCAGACAACGCCUCUCGUACUGCCCACGCCCACGAUGACGUCAGAGCGUGACUCGAAGCGAUGUGUCGUUAUGUAAGAAUGUUCAAAGGAUACCUUUUGAUUACUUCAAUGUAUUUGAUAAAUAGCUCUAAGUGUGAAAGAGACAA